AUGGUACGCCUCAUCGCUCCUCGACAUCUAACAAGGAAUCAGGUCGUGACGCAUGCCAGACUUGUUACCACGCGGUGCAAUGCUACGCCAACCCUGCGAACCGUCGUCCGCGUCGCUGCGCCUCGCCGGUUUGGACGCUCAUAUGCUUCCUCUGCGGUAGCUUCAGAUUUGGAAGCCUGGCGUACCGAACCCAGUAGAGAUACCAUCUCUGACACUAUAUACGCAUUAUCCUCUGCUCCAGGACGUGCUGCGAUAGCAGUAAUUCGACUCUCCGGCCCAGCAUGUCUCGAUGUGUAUCGAAGGCUCUGUCCCAACCGACCGCUCCCUAAACCUCGCAAUGCUACCCUACGAAGACUCUACGAUCCCGACGAUGCCAAACCCUCUCAUGAUCGCGUCAUCGACAGUGGCGCGCUUGUCCUGUACUUCCCUGCGCCGAACACGGUGACGGGCGAAGACGUCUUGGAACUGCAUGUCCACGGCGGUCCGGCCAUUGUACGUUCCGUGUUGGAGGCAAUAUCGGCGUGUGGUCCGGGGAGUCAACAUCUUGGGAUUGCAAAGACGAGUCAAGGUGGUAGAGCUAAUAUCCGGCUUGCGGAACCGGGCGAAUUCACAAAAAGGGCGUUCUACAAUGGAAGAUUGGAUCUCACGCAAGCAGAGGCGUUGGGGGAAACACUUGCCGCCGAGACCGAGCAGCAGCGUCGCCUGGCUGUCAGUGGCACAGAUGGCGGGCUGGCCAAACGAUACGAAGAGUGGCGAACAAUGCUGUUGUAUGCGCGUGGAGAGCUGGAAGCUCUGAUCGACUUCUCUGAAGACCAACACUUUGACGAAUCGCCCGUGGAGUUCAUAACGUCGGUCUCGGAACAAGUCAAGGCGUUGAAGAGACAGGUCCAACUUCAUAUCAAGAAUGCCAGUAAAGGUGAACUCCUGCGAAAUGGGAUCAGCAUUGCACUGCUCGGUGCGCCGAAUGCAGGCAAGAGUUCUCUGCUCAAUCGCAUCGUCGGUCGAGAGGCGGCCAUUGUCAGUGCUGAAGCAGGUACAACACGAGACAUUGUCGAUGUUACUGUGGAUAUCAAUGGCUGGCUCUGCAGACUAGGUGACAUGGCAGGGCUGCGUAGCACUGCCGACGCUGACACAGACAUGAUUUCAGGUGCUGGUCCUGUCGGCUUGGUCGAGCAAGAAGGUAUUCGUCGAGCCCGCGAGCGCGCCUUACAUUCCGACGUCGUUGUGGCAUUGCUGGCGAUUGGGAAAACGGCUGACGGUUCGCUGGAUGUCCCUGUCAAUGCGCAGGUCAUUGAAGCCGUUGAGGAGUGCAGUGCGGCUGGGAAGAUGAUCCUUGUCGUCCUAAACAAGAUGGACCUGGUUGAACAUUGUGGUCAUGGGGUUGAAGUGUUGGAAAGCCUUCGAGCCCAUGUCAGUGAAAGGUUUCCUAUGGUCCUUGCCAACCGAGUCUGUCCAAUCUCAUGCCGAGAGACAGCGUCCGAGUCUAAGGAACCCGACCAAGCGGAUCCCGGUGGGAUUCAGGCUUUCCUCGCACAGUUGACACGCACAUUCGGAGAUCUGACGACUGCGGCCACCGGGGAGGCCGCAGGUUCCUUGACUCCAGCCGAGGCACAGUCCUACUGGUCCUCGUCUCUAUCCGUGACGCAUCGCCAAAGCACGUACCUGAAGCAAUGCUUGAAUCAUCUCGACGAUUUCCUCGAGCAGUGUCAGCCACAGAACCACCACUCGGUCGAUCCGAGUCUGAGUCGUGGUCUCGACGAACACGAAGGACUUGUUGGUGCGCACGCCGUUCAGGACGAUAUCGACAUCGUCACAGCUGCAGAACAUCUCCGGUUCGCUGCCGACUGUCUGGCCAAGAUUACAGGAAAAGGCGGAGGGGGCGACGUGGAAGAUGUGCUCGGAGUUGUCUUUGAAAAGUAA